AUGAAACCACUUAAUGACUAUCUUUCUCAAGAUUUAUAUUAUGAUGUAUCCAAUCCAAAAUUUCUAAGAGCAUUACAGCUCGGUGAGUUGACUGGUAUUAAGAAUAUCCUAACCUCAUGUCUGGUACUUACCAAUCCAACGCUGAUCGAGUUGCCAAACAUAUUACCUGAUUCUGAUCACAAAUCAACGAUCGAUCAAUGUGUCAUAUAUCUGCUUAAGGAAAAACUUUUUAACAAUGUCUUAACGUUUGGUUAUUCCAUUGCUAAGAAUGAACACGUUAAUACUAUACUACACUGUACAUCAACCAAUUUAAACAUAACAAAAUUAAAGGGUACUGUAUGGAGACAAUUACAUGAACUCAUUGGUACUAAAAAGUUCAUUUUUAUUCUGAUCAAUUGUAGUGUAUUUGAAUACAAUGGACAGACGUUAACUCAAAUAAUUGGUAACAGACUAAAUUUACCGAAUUCGCCACCCCUAUGGUACACAAGAAAUAAAAAGGCUACGAAUUCUACCAUAACUGUGAAUACCAAAAUUAGUAACGAACCCUUUUUACAUAAGACAGAAACAGGUCAAUUCAAAUUCUUUCACAUUCUUCCCAAGAAAAGUGAGAUUAAUGAACUAUAUACUUCCAUGUUCCAGUAUAUGACAGCAAGAAUUAAGAAAACGCAGAAGCAAAGAAUAAUGCUCAACUUGAGAAAAUUGCUGAUAAAUCAUUCUAGAAAAGUAAAGUAUCUAAAGAUUUUUGAUACCAUUUGCCCCGAUGUCCAACAUCCAAGUACAAUCUCUCAUUUGGAAUCGAAAGUACCUGUUUCGCAAGUGAUAAGAUUUAUUAUUGUUAUCUUGGAAAAACUAAUCCCAAUUGAACUUUUCGGAUCAAAGAGAAAUAAGGGCAAGAUAUUCUCCAAAAUUGCAACUUUAUUAAAAUUACCAUUAAAUGGAACUAUUCCAUUUGGAAAAAUAACUUCGAAAUUGAAAAUUAAAGAGUUCCAAUGGCUUCAUACGCCUGAUUCUCAUUUCAACAAAAAUAGUUUCCAACUUUCGACAGAGAUCAUGCGAUGCAUCAUAUUCUGGCUGUUUCAAUCUUUGAUACCGAAAAUCUUAUCGUGCUUUUUUUAUUGCACUGAAAUUUCAUCUACAAUCGAUGUCAUUUUCUUUAGACAGGAUAGUUGGAUUAGAAUAUCAACACCGUUUCUUACAUCUUAUUUUGAAAACUAUUUAUUGGAAAAUUCAGCCUGUAGGAACCAUAAUAGUUAUACUCUAUCAGAUUUCAAUCACAGUAAACUCAGAUUAGUCCCCAAAAAAGCAGCGGGGGAAUUCAGAGUCAUUGCCGUUCCAUGUAAAGGAGCUGAUGAAGAAGAAGUGAACGUCUAUAAGGACAAUAUGAAAUCUGUAAUUGGACCGGUUAAGGCAAUACUGGAAUAUUUACGAAAGAAAAGACCAACAAAAUUCAAAAAACUAUAUUCAACCACACAAAUAUCACAUUAUGUACGUGAUUUUAAACAACAGCUUCUUAAAAAAUACACAGAACUUCCUAAACUAUAUUUUAUGAAAUUCGAUAUCGCAUCCUGUUAUGACUCUAUUCCCAGAAAGAAGGCAAUGAAUGUGAUUAAUAGGGCAUUGACAGAUGAAGAGGGGUUUUUUGUUCGUUCCCAAUCUUUUUUCAACCAUAAAACAAAAACUUUUAAAGUGAAAAACAUAGUAAAUGGAAGUAGGUACCCGAAAUCAGACGAGAUUUACAUAGAUAACGUUAGAACAGCGCAUUUAUCAACAGAGGAUGUUACUAAUGUUUUGGAGAUGGAAUUAUUCAGGACCGCUCUAUGGGUUGGUAAUCAAUGCUACUUACGAAAAGAUGGUCUUUUCCAAGGCUCUAGUCUAUCAGCUCCCAUUGUCGAUUUGGUUUAUGAUGAUUUACUAGAAUAUUAUGAGGAAUUUCAGGAUAUUGAAAAUGAAGACAGUCUUAUUUUGCGACUUGCCGAUGAUUUUUUUGUCAUUUCCACAAGUCAAAGGCAAAUUAUAGACAUAAAAAAUCUGACACUAAGCGGAUUUAAAGAAUAUAAUGCCACUGUAAAGAAACAAAAGAUAAUCACUGCGAGUUCACAAUCAGAUAAUGUCAAAGUCAUUCAAUUUUGUGCUGUAAAUAUUUUUGUUGAGAAAUUAGAAGUUUGGAAGGAAUCAGAAUCGUUAAAUAUACCAAAUAUAACAAGUUUGUCAUCAAACAAAAUUUUGUGGAGGUUAUCUACAUUAUUCGAAUCAAGAUUAUCUUAUGGUACGUUGGAUCAUGAUCUGAAUUCGCUGGAAACAAUUAUAAACCAGAUUAAUUACAUAACCAUCAAUAUUGCGGAGACAUUUCUCAAAGCAUUUAGUGAGAACGAAAUCGACACCAAAAUGUUUAUGAAAUUUAUGGAAGAGUUACUGACUUCUGCACUUGGUUCAUGUUCAUACAUUGACGAUGAUGACACCUUUGAAAGCAAGGUAUGUCUUUCCAUAUUAGGAGGCUUUCUGGAUACAAUAUCUUGCAAGCAGACCAAGUUCAAAGCUAUCGUUGAACAAUUGAACUUGGAAAUAUAUAAGCAUCUUAAUAUAUUAAUUAAAUAG